CUCUUGCUUUCCCGAGCUCUUCCGCUUCUGCUUCUGUCAGUUUUGACAGCUGACCCCCAAAACAAGCGAAAGCUUGUAGGCCGAAAGCUCCCAGCUAAUAACAAACUUUCCCCCCGCACCGCCACACCGGGCUAAAAGGGGCAUAGAAGAACAUCCAUAUGCUUACAUAAGCCUAGCAGCUUCCGUGGUCCGAUAAACAAAUUGCUUUAUGGCCAGAUUCGGAUACGGAACCGGUGACAGGUUAGCGUUCGCUAAUUUCUGUUGGGGGUGCCGUGUGUGGGUGCGUUGGCGCAUUUAUGGCGACGUUCCGCCAAACAACGACGCACCAGCCGGAAGAUGUCGAGUGUAAGCGGGGCGCUGAUAACGUCGACUUGUUUACCUGAGCCUCCAGGAUAUGUCUCCCUUCCUGCCAGGCGUAGGCGUGCAGGCUCCGCCCCGCCAUGGCACCAUGUUUGGGACACAAAUUCCUGAGGGUGUGUGCGUGCGAGGGACGUAUAAGUAAUUUAUAUAAAUUAUUUAAUUAAGCCAUACACGUCAUCAUGCGGUGGCGGGGCCCAUUACUUUGAUUAGAAUCAAACCCAUUUUACUUUAUGCCACCUGUUAUGGUAUGUUCGGCUUCUUGGGCUCAAUCCUCCCGGCCUCAUCAUCCUUUCUGUCGUUUCCCUCCAUCCGCCAUCCUCCAUCCCGGAGUAUGGCGCACUUCAUCCUCUAUUGGCUUUGUUAUGGUCUUUUUUUGGGCCUGUCUCUUGCCAUUUCGCCUUUUUUCCCGUCAUCGGUCGACGCGUCGAAAGGCAAAUUGGGCACAUUUGGCGCUUGGCUGCCGUUUUCAGCUUAUUUCGACUCUAAUGAUAGCCGCGAGACUACCCGCUCCGUUCGCCUGGAGAUUUUCUCCGGAGCUGUAAACAAGAAUGUGUCGUUACAUCAUGCAGAGGACGCCUACGCUGCCAAGUCCUAUGGGGCCAAUUGGUAACAAUUUGUUAAAAUUGUACAGCGAAAGGCUAUAAGGCUGAAAAUUCGUUUUUCAAAAAUAAAACCAAGCCUAUCUGCAGAUAAUCUUUACGUCUAUAAAAGGUGUUUCAAGGGAAACAUCAGUAUCUUAUUCAUAAAAACAUACGGAAAGAGAAACUUUUCAUGUCCAACUUUCUUUAAGCUCUCCAAGUAUCAUAUAACUCGUAAAACACUUAAAACUGUCUCCAAAAGUAAAUGCAAUUACACAUUAAAUGGCUAGUUAGUUGCACUAACUUUUUCGUUUAAGUUGAGACUACAGAAGUUGUGUAACAGAACCCAUCUACAGAAUCAAAUUAAUAAGUUCCGUGUCACUGAAAUAAUGAAGGCUGCUUCAGCUCCCACCUCCAGGGGCACUUGCGGUCGUUUUCAAUCAAUGAGGAUUCAUCAGCAGCCGCUGCAAAGAUGACAACUGAACUUCUCUUCACUUCAGCCGCAGACAAUGUCAUUUUGGCCCGCAAAAGCACAAACCCAAACCCAAUCCCCAAGCCCAAGCUGCCGGAUUGAAAACGAAAAGUACAGAGUGAGGGAGGACUUAAGCUGAGGAAUGGGAUGAGAUGGCAUGGGAUGGGGGCGUAUGACUGGCAGAGUGGCUUAAUUUAAAACGGUUUCAUGUUGUGAUUUUGACAAAUGAUAAUUUUUUGCAUGUAUAUGUGUCGGCUGUCGGUCGUUGGUGGUCAGGCUUUGUGUUUGACAUGUCAGUGGAGCCCCGGCUGGCGCAGAGAUACUCGAAAUCGUAUCUCCUCCACAGCUCCAUGGGGGCGAUAAUGAGCUGGCACAAUGUUCCGGACAGAUAAAUUCCAGGGCACCGGAAAAAUAUUCCGAAUCAUCGCCGGCUCGACCGUCAUAUCGCCGGGACUUUGUCAAAGGGUCGUUAAGUAAGUAACACCAACGCAGGACGGGGCGAAAAAGUUUCAGUUUCUUUCGGGUACAUUAAAAACUAUGUAAGCCCACCAGUUGAGGGCUGGUUGGGCAGUUGGGCAAUAUCAGCACAUCCGGGCGAACAAAAGGGAGUCGCCUGUCGGGGACAGCAACCGGGCAAUCAGGAUUCAACAGCCCACAACCGCACACAGCGGCAUUGCACCAAUUUAUUGACUUAACAGCAAAAAAUAUCAAAAUCCACUUCCACAGCUUUAGCUUUGGCUUUUGGUGUUGCCAUGGUCGUUGCCAUGGGUGCUGCUUUUUCUAUUACCGGGCUCAGAGCGGAAGCAGGACUUUGCGGGCAUCUGACCAGAAGCAAUAGGGCGAGGAAAUUGGCUAAAUGUGUAUGAACGGCAAGCAGCAUGGAUGAAAGUGCUCCGGACAAUCGACGGAUUCCCAAUGAACUAGAACAAAGUGACAGUGAGUUAGAAAUUGAAUUGGAACAGCCUCUGAAAGCCGAUCCAGAGCUAUCAAAUGGCACCGAAUUGGCCUGGCCUAAUUUCGAGGCUCGCAUAUUAAAGUCCACGGUCAACAGCGUCACUCUCGAGUGGACGCCCCUGGAAUGUGCCCUGGUCUACAGUAUCGAGAAGUACCAUAAAAGACGUUCCUGGCAGCAGGUGGAGUGGAGCUCCAGCUCUCCCGUGGAGGUGACCAACUUGGAGGAAAACUUUGUAUAUCGACUGCGUAUCAAAGCCCUGCGACUCGCUGAGGAUGCAGGAAGCUACGUGGCGAUGGCUAUAUCUCCUGAUGUUAUUGCUUCCACAGUGGCCGCCCAACCUUCCACCAACUGCCUGAGUCGCGCUAUCAGGAAGGGCCAGCAGUUCCUGGUCAAGCGGAUGCUGCGCCGACGACCGAGUCUGAUUGAAUAUCCGGCCCCCAACGGAUUCCUGCCGCUGGCCAAUGCCAUCAUCCAGGGAGAGAUGUGCAUCAUCGAUGUUCUGCUCUCCGCCGGCUGUAGUGUGCACCUCGGCAAUCCGGGCAAUGGUCGCACCCCACUCCAUGUCGCCUUCUACUACGGACACUUGCCGUCGGCUCGCAUCCUGUUGAACAAGAAGGCCAACCUGGAGGCGAUGGACAGUAAUGGCAUGACACCCGCGCACUGCGCCGUGGACGCUAAUCAGCUAGCGAUGGUGAACUUUGCCCUCGAGUCUGGCGCCGAGGUGGAGGCCAGGGACUCCUGCGGGUGGACCCUCCUCAUGCGAGCGGUGGUUAUGGACGCAGACCUGGAGCUCAUCAAACUGCUGGUUACCCACGGCGCAGACCUGGCGGCUCUGGAUGGCGUUGGAAACUCUUGCAUCGACUUGGCAAAACUCUACCACAGGCCAGAAGCGGAGGAUUACUUUGAGAGGGUGCUAAAGUUUAGGCUGGAAAAGACUGCUGCUGCGACCGCAGACGCGGUCACAAAGGAACAAAUUCAAAAUGCCACUGAAAAGGAUUUCCCCGGCGGUAAGGAAGGACAAUAAGAGGGCUUUAAUGGGUGGCCGCGUCUGAAUGCGAGGGAUUCGAGGAAUUUUAUUUUUCCGUCGCUU